UUGAUGCGUCUAAGAAUAGAUUGAUAAGUAUAUACUUUGUACAAAAUCGACAAAGAAGAUCGAAACGAUAUGAGUUUGUUUUUGAAUUUUUUUUAAAUUUCAGUAAGAAAAUUUGAUAUAUUUUAGGUAUCUGAAAUGAAUCCAAAUGCUGAAUUAAUAUUACCAUCAUGUCCAAUGUGUCAACAAGAAUUGAAUUGGCCAUUAUUAGCUGUAUCAAAAGGAUUUUGUGAAGGUACAAUGAUCAAAGGCAGGCAACCAACAACAUCAAUAGUAGAUUUAAUAUCAAAUAAAAUAACACAACACAACUUGCGUGAUGCACAUUCACCAAAAUUAUAUUAUCCAGCAGUUGGAUUAAAAUUAGAAGAAUUAGUUAGACGUUUUCAAAUUGCUUAUCGUUUAAUAACAAAUAGAAAAUUUCGUUCAAUAUUAUUAUCUGUUCCAUUAUUUAAUGUUGAAUCGCGUCAAUUUAUUCUUGAAAGUCAACGAUUAAUUUAA